AUGGAAACAUUCAUACCCAUUAAUUUGACUACUACACAUCAAGAUGAAGAUAAAGAGGAAAGCAACACAAAACAGAGACCUUUCAAAUGUGAAAAGCAAAAAUAUAAAGAUGUCAAGAGAUUGGGGAAACAACCAGCUGAAAUAGCAGAAAAGGAAACAAUGAAAUAUAAAAGAAUUAGAACAUCCUCUAAACGCUUGAGGUCAGAGAAAACAGAAGAUUACCUUAAAGAAAGUGUACCUCCAAGUGUACCAAGUGUAGUUGCUCCAGAAUCAGCUAUCCAUAAGAAGAAAGGGAAAUCAAAAGAAAAAAAGCGUUGCACUCAGGAUGGUGCAAAAUUUAAGAAAGCCAGUAUUGCAUCAUAUGAUAGAACAGAACCAGAAGAUGAUGACAUGAUAAGAAAUAUUAUUAGGCUAAGAGAAAAACUUGGUUGGCAAACUAUACUACCGCAAUACAGUUUGAAAUACAAAAGUUGUGAAAUUGCAAGUCGGAAGACUACUGUAAAGAAAUGUCUGAAAGAUGAUGGAGAAUUUGUAUAUUGCCUUCCUCGGAAUAAUUCUAAAGCCCUUUACAAUCCAUAUGAUCUUCAGGUAGUCUCUCCCCAUAAAGCUAAACGUUGUAAAGAAUAUUGGAUUACUACUGCUUCAUUUAUAUCAAAGGUUAUUAAAAUAGGUGAUGAUACAGAGGAAGUAGAACUUGUACCUGUUCCAGAAUGGCUAUCAGAAAGAAGAUUUUACUAUUUAUUACGGAAGUUUAAGAUAUUUUACAAUUUCCGAAUUAAUAAAGCAUUUGUUACCUGGAAAUUGAAUGUUAAAAGAAUUAAGACAGAAAAGAGUAGGUCAUUUUUGUGCCACCAUCUUUUCUGGGCUGAUGAGUUAUUUCAAUCCUGUCUGCUUUACAUAAAAGGACUUUGUGAAGAUGCAGUUACUCUCAAAAACUAUAAUGAACAUGAAGAUGAUCUACCUGCCAUAUACCUUGUAAAGCUGGACAGUUCUCGAACCUAUUCUCUAGAUGAAUUUUGUGAAGAGCAGUUACAACAAGCUACCCAGGCAACGCAAAAACUUGAAAGUGUUAAAAAUAAAGUAGUUUCCAAGAUGAAAAGUACAUUUUUGAAGGUUGCAGAAAAGAAAGGAAUCAAGGAAUAUUUUGAGUCAAAACAUUCAGAUGAUACAACACAUUUCAAGCUUCCUAAAUAUCGACGUUUAUUAGAAAAAAAUGUCAGGUUUGUGAUGCUGGUUGACUACAUAUUUCAAGAACUCAUUCGACAACUUAUGAAUGCUACAAUCACACUACUUUUGGAAUUAUUUAAUGAUUCUGCUAAAAUUCCAUUUUCAAUGGAAAAAAAGAAUGAAGAUCUCAUGAGAGCAAUAACCAAGGACAACUUUUUUACAACUGAAAAGAUGACAAAUGAUUUGGGAGAACUUGGUAAUAUUUCAAAUUCACGUGCAACUCGUGUUCCAACAUUGGAAGUAAAAACACACGCUGAUGUUAAUGAGGUUUUGAGUGAAAUUAAAGUGGAAAAGGAUUUGAGAAAAAUAUCUGCACCAAUAUUUAAAAUAAAUCUAUGCUUGAGAAUUCCUGAGAAUGAUUCUCCAGAAAAUUUUGAAGAGAACUUUCAUGAGUCUGACCAGUGCCCUGAAAAAUUUGUAAUGUCUAAAAAAGAUGAAAUGUCAAAAAAUGAAGACAGUAGUGCCCAAAAUAAUUCAAAGGAAGAAUUUCUCCCCAGAGGCAAAAAACCACAAAAAUUAAGUCAUAAACUUGAAUAUAUUCUUUCAGACACAGAAAUUGCAACUGAGUUUGAGAGCAAAGAUAUGAAAGAUGAAUUUUUAGAAUUCCCUACAAAUCUCUUUAUAGAUCCCAACAGAUUGGAGUUUUCAAUAAAAAUUCAAAAUAUGGUGACUAAUAUUGAAAAAUGUAUAACCACAAUUACACCUCUUUGCCAAGAUCCUCACCUGUCUGUGUUUAUUGAUUUCUCUUCAAUUCUGGAUUUACCUAGUAAGAUGGAAAAUAUUGUAAAAUAUAAGAGGCAGAACAGAUGGCCAGAUUGUGAAAUCCUUUUUGAAAUGGAUCCUGCCUACCAAAAUAAAAUUGUGAGUCUCCUGACUAUUAUUGGUAAUUCAAUGGGCCUAGUUAAUGUUUACAGCUGGAAGUUUAGAAAGUAUUGUACCAUGGUAGAAAAAGCCAAAAUCAUGAGUAUGAAAAUAUUAUCUAUGGGAGAAUUAACUUCAAUGGAGUUUGAAACUAUACUAAGUAGAUUCAGAAACUAUUUUAGACAUAUUAUAAGUAUGGCCAUUGAAAAGCGCAUUGGUAUUUUCAGCGUUCUUAGUCUUGAUUAUCAGUCAAGAUGCUUACCAUAUGUUGAGAACAUCAUACAUAUGAGCCACACACUCUUACGAUCUCUAAUUGAAAAAAGGAGUGAAAAUCUACUGGAACUUGUAGAUUCAUCAUUGAGACAGCUGGAAUGUGAUCCCACUGAAAUAGAAGAAUUUGUGAAACAUUUUUCUUUUUUGGAUGAAAUUUCCUCAAAAAUAUCUACAAUAGAACACAAGUAUUUAAUAAUUGCUCAGUUAUAUUCUGUCGUAAGGAAUUACCAGGUCUAUAUUCCGGAAGAGCAAAUUGCCGUAUAUAGAAUCCUUCUUAUCAAGUUUGGUCAACUAAAAACAUCUAUGAAGUUAAGAGAAACAAACAAAGAUGCCACUAUAAGUAAAUUCAGAGAUAAUUUAGAAUCAUAUCUGACUGGUCUACGAGCUGAUGUUAGUAAUUUAAAGGCCAAAAUGAGAACUCCUAUUCUUUUAUACAUUGGUACUCGAGUGUCAACAGCAAUGGAAAUGAUCCAGACUCUUUUAGAGGAAGCUGCAAGUUUAGCUAACAGAGCUAAAGCAUGUUCCAGUUAUCAGAAUUGUUUUGAUGAUUACCAAUCUCAUAUGCAUUCUCUUAAUGUGGAUGAUAUUACACAGACAGUGCUUUCAGAGAUCACUGACAUUGAAUACGACUUAACUUUGAGAAAAUUAUUAUGGGAAGCACAAGGGGAGUGGGGAGCAUUCUUUUGGGAAUGGAGAAAUUGUUCUCUUCAAAAUAUUGAUACAGAGUUGGUACAGCGAAAUGUUUCAAAAUGGACACAGAUAAUUGUUAUGCUAGAAAAAGGUUUACCUAGCAAUGAUAUGGUAACACAUCUUCAGCAAUCAGUGACACAGUUUAAGCAAGAACUGCCUAUCAUGAUAGCUCUGGGCAACCCCUGUCUCAAGCCAAGGCAUUGGGAAGCUCUUCAGGAGAUUGUUGGAAAGUCAGUUGAUAAAAAUUGUACACUAGAGAAUCUUCGAAUCCUCAAGAUGUUUCAGUAUGAAAAUGAAAUAAAUGAUAUAUCAAACUCAGCAACUAAUGAAGCUGCUCUUGAAAAAAUGCUUUUUAAGAUUAUUGAUCUGUGGAACACUACUCCUUUACACUUAGUUCUUCAUCACUCAGAGAUUUGCUCUAUCCUAAUAAUUUCAUCUAUAGAUGACAUGUUAUCACAGUUAGAAGAAUCUCAAGUCAUACUUUCAACAAUAAAAGGAUCUUCCUAUAUUGGUCCCAUUAAGGAUCUUGUGACUGAAUGGGAUCAGAACUUGGCUCUCUUCUCUUACACCCUUGAAGAAUGGAUGAAAUGUCAAAGAAAUUGGCUUUAUCUUGAACCAAUCUUUUAUUCUUUAGAAAUACAAAGGCAGCUCCCAGCAGAAAAAAAGCUUUUUGUUCAGGUGAUUGCCACAUGGAAAGAAAUAAUGGCAAAAGUCCAAAGCAAACAGAAUGCUUUACAAAUAACCAACUCUGCAGGAAUACUAGAAAUUUUGCAAAAUUGCAAUAUACAUCUUGAAAGUAUAAAGAAAAGCCUUGAGGACUAUCUUGAAAUUAAAAGAGUUAUUUUCCCAAGAUUUUACUUUCUUAGCAAUGCUGAACUUCUUGAUAUUCUAGCAAAUAGCAGAAAUCCUGCAUCUGUACAGCCUCAUCUUGUGAAAUGUUUUGAAAAUGUAAAACACUUAUUGAUAUGGAAACAUGAAAUUGGCCCUCCUGCUGUAAAAAUGCUCAUAUCUGCUGAAGGAGAAGGCCUUCUGCUGCCAAAGAAAAUUCGUUUAAGAAGUGCUAUAGAACAGUGGCUGCUAAAUAUAGAAAAAAGCAUGUUUGAUGUGAUAAAAAAAGAGAUGCAAGUAUAUAACUAUCUCUUAUCUUUUCAGAGCCAGAUCAUGUUUUAUAAUGAUUGUCUUAAAAGUUUUAGGAGUUCUCAUUCAAGAGAAGAGAUGGAAAAAGUCUGUGCUGAUGUGAUAUGUCAUCUAGAAGAAAUUGCAGAGCUGGUAGUGUUGGAUACUAGUAACUCUCGAACAAAAAUUGUACUAGGGGCAUUGCUUACCCUUUAUGUUUAUUGCAGAGAUAUAGCAAUAAAUUUACUACUUAAAAAUAUCUUCAAUUCAGAGGAUUUUGAAUGGACAAGACAUUUGCAAUAUAAGUGGAAUGAAAAACACAAAUUGUGUUACGUUUCACAAGGAGAUGCCAGUUUUACUUACGGCUAUGAGUACUUGGGUUGUACCGCAAGGUUGGUUAUUACGCCUCUCACAGACCGAUGCUGGCUGACUCUUACAGGAGCACUACAUUUCAAUCUAGGAGGCUGCCCUGCUGGUCCAGCUGGGACAGGAAAAACUGAGACUGUCAAAGAUCUAGCAAGAUCCUUAGGCAAACAUUGUGUGGUCUUCAACUGUUUUGAGGACUUGGAUUAUAAGGUAGUGAAACAAUUCUUCUUUGGACUAGUUCAGUCAGGAGCAUGGUGUUGUUUUGAUGAAUUCAAUCGAAUUGAUAUGGAAGUUCUCUCUGUCAUUGCCUCACAGAUCCUAACAAUUAAGGCUGCGAAAGACAGCUAUUCUGUCAGGUUUGUUCUGGAAGGAAAAGAAGUUCGUAUUAAUUUGUCUUGUGCAAUAUUUAUCACCAUGAAUCCUGGGCAUAGAGGCCGAGUAGAGCUUCCAGAUAACUUAAAAUCUCUCUUUCGUCCCGUGGCAAUGAUGGUGCCCCAUUAUCAAAUGGUUGCUGAAGUAAUACUGUUUUCAUUUGGUUUCAAAUCUGCAAAACCACUCUCUGGAAGGCUAGCUAACCUUUAUGAAUUAGCCAGCAAACAGCUGUCACAACAGGAUCAUUAUGAUUUUGGCUUGAGGUCCCUGAAGACAGUUUUAGUAAUGGCUGGAAAGAAGAAACGAGAGUUUAAAUGUGACUAUGCUGACAAUCUUUCUGAAGCAGAGGAAACGCUGAUCAUUAUUGAGGCUGUAAGAGAAGCUAGUUUGCCAAAAUGUCCUCCUGAAGAUGUUCCACUUUUUGAAAGGAUUAUAGGAGAUAUUUUUCCUGGAGUGACAGUUUUAAAAGCAAAUCAACUUGCAUUGGAGAAAGCAAUAGCUAUGGCAACACAAGAAUUAGGCUUACAACAGUGGCCACCUCAGAGAGAGAAGAUCAUACAGUUUCAUAAUCAACUUGAAGCUUGUGUUGGUGUGAUGUUAGUAGGCCCAACAGGUGGAGGUAAAACAACAGUCAGAAGAAUUUUAGAAAAAGCAUUAGUACUAUUACCAGUCAUAGACCUCUUAUCAGAUGAAGAACGAACCUCUACUUCAAAGAUUUUAGGAAGAAGAGGAAAUGUAGAGGUUUGUGUUUUAAAUCCGAAGUGUAUCACUCUUGGUGAACUGUAUGGACAACUGGAUCCUAAUACUAUGGAAUGGACUGAUGGAUUAUUAACAGCAGUGAUUCGAAGUUAUGUAUAUUUUAACACUUCAAGUCAUUCAAGGAAAGAAAUUGAUUAUAGAAUAAGGACAAGAAUCUCAGAUUUAUCUAAUAUUUUCAAACUUGAAAUACCUGAUAUAGCAGAUGCUGAUGAUCUUAGCUUUGAGAAGGAGAUGCAGAAAGAUGUUAAAAUUUCAGAAAUUCACAAUUUUGAUUGGCAGUGGGUUAUCUUAGAUGGUCCUGUGGAUACGUUUUGGGUAGAAAAUCUGAACUCUGUGCUAGAUGACACUAGAACAUUGUGCCUAGCAAACAGUGAGAGAAUAGCUUUAACUAAUAAAAUAAGACUGAUUUUUGAAGUGGACAGUCUCUCUCAGGCCAGUCCUGCUACCGUCAGUCGAUGUGCAAUGGUCUAUAUGGAUCCUAUUGAUCUGGGAUGGGAGCCUUAUGCCAAGUCUUGGCUUUUGAAAACUUCUAAAGUUUUAGAUAAAUCAGGAGUGGAUUGUCUGGACCUUCUGAUUAAGAAAAGUAUCACAGAUGGACUACAAUUUAUAAAGAAAUAUGAGAAAUUUCAGCCAUAUCCUACACAGGAUGUAACAAUUGUCAUGACUCUCUGCAGAAUUCUUGAUGCUUUCUUUGAAAUCCUGAUUGAAUGUGGAGGACUUGGAAAAAGUGAUGAUUUGAGUGACACUCCAACUGAGGAAGUGAAACCUCAAGAAGAUUCUACCAAAUUCAAAGAUAUAGAAGAGAGGGAUGAAGUUAUAUGGUAUCUGGAGAAAAAUCCUGAUAAAUUAACAGUAAUGAUUAAAAAGCUUUUUGUGUUUGCAUUUACUUGGGCAUUUGGAGGAACUUUAAACCGUGAAGAUGGACACAAAGAUGAUAUAAUAUUUUGUCCCAGUCUUGAAGCUGAUUCUCUUUCAAAAGUAACAUAUGAUUUUAACAAACUUAUUCAUGAAAUAUUUGAAACCAAUUUGCAAGUUGGCCUCAAGCUACCAACUGAUGAAAGUUCUAUCUUUGAGUACUUUUUGGAUAUACAGCAAUGUGAAUUCAUGCCCUGGUCAGAUUUAGUGCCUAAUGAUCAGACACUAAUUCAAAAAGGACCUCCAGUACUAGUUGAUCAUCAGGGAUCUGGUGAAAACCUCUUGAAGAUACCAGAAAGUAAAGAGGGCAUUAAUUAUACUGCUACCAGAACUACUGUAUGCCUGUCUUUUCUCAUGAGCCUUCUUUUAAAGAAUUCCUACCCUGUUCUUCUCACAGGAGAAUCUGGUGUUGGGAAAACUGCUGCCAUUAACCAAAUGCUUGAAAACUUAGAGGAUUCAGGAGCAUUUGAUAUAAAAUAUGGCUCAAUUUUGGGAGAUGUCCUAUUAUAUAAUGAAAUUAAAAAAUCAAGGUUCCUAAAACAGAAUAUCAACAUCUUGAUUUCUGAAACUCAUAAGACACCAGCUGGAGAUCCAGAUAAUGCUACUAAAAAGCCAGAAGUUACAACUCAUGAAAAUUUUUCAAAAAAUAAUAGAAAUGAAGGAAUUAUAGUCUCCUCAAUAAAUUUUAGCACCAGUAUGACAGCUGCCAAAACCAAAGAGAAGAUUCUUAAGAAGUUGAUAAGGAGAGCUAAAGAUACUCUUGGACCACCACAAAACAACAGGAUUAUAAUAUUCAUUGAUGAUGUGAAUAUGUCAACAACAGAUAGAUAUGGAGCAGAUCCACCCUUGGAAUUGAUAAGACAAUUAUUAGAUUUGGGAGGAGUUUAUGAAACUGGAAAAAAUGUAUGGAAGACUAUUCAAGAUCUCUCAAUAGUUGCAGCUUGUUUUCCUCUAGGUGGUGGGAAUGAUGUCAGCCCACGUCUUCUCAAACAUUUUUCUAUACUAGUAAUGCCUCACCCUUCACCAGGUGCCUUACGUACGAUUUUCAAGAUUCACUUGGGAACGUAUUUCUCCACCAAUAACUUCACAGCUGAUGUUCAGAAAAGUACAAUUCAGAUAAUAUCUUGCUGCCUAGCUAUAUACCAUCAAGUACGUCAGAAUAUGUUACCAACUCCAACAAAAUGUCACUACAUGUUUAAUCUUCGAGAUUUGUUUAAGCUUCUCGUAGGAUUGCUGCAAGCUGAAAAGGUUGUUAUUAACUCCAGAGAGAUGGCUGCUCGGCUUUUUAUUCAUGAAGCAACUCGAGUGUUUUGUGAUCGCUUAAAUGAUUCCACUGAACAAGAGCUUUUCUUUCAGUUGAUUGCAAAGGAAUUUAGGACCUAUUUUCAGAUUGGAAUAGAUGGAUGUGGAAAAGAAACCUGUGCAACCUUAGCCUGUUACGUGGAAGAUAACAAACUAUAUCGAGUCUCUAUAUCUCACAAUUACACCCACAUAGAAUUCAGAGAAGUCUUAAAAAAGGUGUUUAGUCAAGCAGGAUUAGAAGGGAACCGGACUGUUCUGAUGGUUCUUAAUUUAAUCCCAGGACAAGAUUUAUUUAUGGAAGAUCUGAACUGCAUUAUCAAUUUGGGAAGAAUACUUGACUUGUUUGAAAAUGAUGAGCUGGACUCUAUUGCAAAACAUAUCAAAUCUCUUGAUGAACAGUUUGAUCACGUGGAUGAUAGGCAGUUUUUACUUUCAUUCUUUCAAAAGAGAAUAUAUAAAAAUCUUCACAUUUUCAUAAUCAUGAGUCCUGAAGGACCUAAUUUACGCCAAAAUUGCAGAAUAUACCCUUCUUUGAUCAGCUCCUGCACAAUCGAUUGGUAUAAGAGGUGGCCAGAUGAAGCUCUCCUUCUUGUAGCCAAUUCCUUCUUAAGAGAAAAGGUGAAUUUCCUAAAAAGAGAGCACUUAAAAGAAAAACUUGCCGCAGCAUGUGUCCAAAUUCACAAAAGUAUAAAAGACUUGAGCACGAAAUACUUUGAAGAAACUAGAAGGCAUUAUUAUGUCACUCCCAAUAAUUACUUGCAAUUCAUGGACACAUUUGCACAAAUUUUGAGCUCACGAGAAAAGGAGAUGCAAAAGAAGAGGGACCAUUUCUAUGUUGGUUUAUCCAAGAUCCUGGAAGCAACCACACUAGUUACAGAAAUGCAGGAGGAGCUCUUUAUUCUUGGCCCUCAAAUAGAACAAAAGACAAUGGAAACAGAAACUCUAAUGGAAAAACUACAGAAAGAGUCACAAGUAGCUGAGAAAGUUCAAACACUUGUCAAACAGGAUGAAGAAAUUAUGGCAGAAGAAAUAAGAAUUGUGGAAGAUUAUGCCCAGAAAACUGCCAGUGAACUAAAAGGGGUCCUUCCAGCCUUAGACAAGGCACUUGUGGCUCUCAAUUCCCUGGAUAAAUCUGAUAUUGCUGAAUUAAGAGUGUACACUCGGCCUCCCUUCCUCGUGCUGACAGUCAUGAAUGCAGUGUGUAUUCUUCUGCAAAAGAAACCUAGCUGGGCAACGGCAAAGUUACUUCUUUCAGAAACUGGUUUUUUAAAAAAAUUGAUUAACCUUGACAAGGACAACAUACCUGAUAAGGUUUUUACGAAGCUGAAAAGAAUUUUAAUGAUACCUGAUUUCAACCCAAACAAGAUAGCUUUGGUUUCUGUUGCUUGCUGCUCUAUGUGCCAGUGGGUUAUAGCUUUGAAUAACUACCAUGAAGCACAGAAGCUGGUGGUCCCUAAACAAAUUCAAGUAGCUGAAGCUCAAAAUGCCCUUAAAGUUGCACGACAACGAUUGGCGGAAAAACAAAGAGGUUUACAGCUGAUUGAAGAACACUUGAUGUCUCUGCAAGCAGCCUUCAAAGAUACUGUUAAUGAAAAACACCUGUUAGCAAAUCGGAGAAAACUGGUCAACAGGCGCUUGCACCAUGCGUCAGUCUUAUUAACUGUUCUGGAAGAUGAGAAGAUUCGAUGGCAAGAAACAAUCAAUCAAAUAGACAACAAAUUGGAAGGAAUUGUGGGUGAUAUACUUCUUUCAUCAGCAUGCAUUGUCUACAGUGGAGUUUUAUCGCCAGAAUUUCGUCAGUUGAUUUUAAAUAAAUGGGAGAAGAUUUGCAGUGAAAAUGACAUUUCUUUGUCUCCCAACUUUUCUUUAAUUGAAGUCAUGGCAGAAAAAUAUCAGAUUGGCCAAUGGCAUCAUCAAGGGUUGCCUCUUGGUCAGCAUUCAACAGAGAAUGCCAUCUUCAUCAUGAAUAGCCAGCGGUGGCCACUGCUGAUUGACCCACAUAAACAAGCAUACAACUGGAUUUGUCACAUGGUAGGACCAGCGCUACAGGUGUUCUCCAUUGAGGAUAGCAAUUACACAAAAAAAAUUGAAAAUGCUAUGAAAAUAGGAGGAAGUAUCCUCUUACAGAAUCUCCUGGAAACAUUAACUCCUGGCUUAAAGGCAAUUUUGAAGAAGGAUAUCUAUAAGAAAAGAGGACAAUAUCUCAUAAAGAUUGAUGAUGCUGAGGUUGAAUACAACCCCAAAUUUAGGUUAUAUUUGUCUACAGAUAUAGACAACCCCCACUUUCUUCCAUCAGUUUAUAACUUUGUUACUAUAAUCAAUUUCACGGUAACAUUCCAAGGUUUGCAAGAUCAACUCUUGUCUACUGUGGUAACUCAUGAAGUUCCUCAAUUAGAAGAACAGCGCUCCCAAUUAUUGGAGAAUAUUUCCCAUGAUAUUGUAAUUCUUAAUGAACUGGAGGAAAAAACAUUAAGUUUACUGCAGAGAACACAAGGAUGUGUAUUGGAUGAUGAGGAAAUUUUAGAGACCUUAAGAAAAUCCAAAAUGACAUCAAAUGAAAUUUCAAAGCGCAUCAAAGCAACAAAAAAAGCUGAACAUAAAAUCCAAGCAACACGCAAAAUCUAUCUCCCCAUUGCUACCAGAGGUGCCCUGCUCUACUUUCUAGUUUCUGAUCUUACACAAAUUAACUACAUGUACCAAUUCUCCCUAGGGUGGUUUCGUAAAAUUUUUGUUUCAUCAGUAAUUUUCAAAGCCAAAGAACAAGAAAGUAAUUUGAGAAGGGAGAGAAUAACUCUGAGAAAACUUCUUAAGAUUACAAAAGAAACUAACUUGGAAAAUGAGAAAGAUUUCUUAGACAAGCGUAUUAAAACUGCAAUAGAUGUGUUGACAAGAAAUAUUUUUAAGGUAGUUUCUUCAGCUCUAUUUAAUCAAGAUAAACUUUGCUUCUCUUUUCGACUUUGCACUACAAUCAUGCAAAAUAAUGCUAAAGAAAAUCUAAUGCAGGAUAACAUUGGAUUCCUACCAGAAAAAGAAUGGCAUAUCUUUUUAUAUUCUGGCAUAUUGAUAAAUAUUAAAAGUGCUUUACUCCAGCCUAGACUUAAUAGUUUAUUUGCAAUCCGUAGAAACCAACAUCUUCAGUGGGUUUCAAGCACCAGGUGGAAGCAGUGCCAAUAUGUUAGCCGUCAACUGGAACCAUUUUCACUUCUGUGCAAAUCCCUUUUAUCAAAUGUAUUACAAUGGAAUACUUUCAAGAAUAGUGAGAAUGUUUAUUUUUUGGUCAGCACACCUUUCUCCCCAGAAAAGAUUUCACCGAAUGAAAGUACAAAACCAUCAGAGAAGAGUGAACUUUGGAAUGAAAAUGAAGAUAUGCGUAAUCCUAUAAAUUUUCAUUGGGAGAAACUCACUCCAUUUCAAAGACUUAUUUUGGUAAAAAUCCUUAGACCAGAACAUUUAAAAAAUUCGGUUAAAAAGUUCAUUAUUGAAAAAAUGGGAAGUGAAUAUCUUCAAAGAACUGAAGUUAAUCUGAAAGAAUCAUUUGAACAAUCCAAUGCCAGAACUCCAUUGGUACUUAUUUACUCUCAUGGAAUUGACCUCACCAAUGUUCUCCUGAGAUUGGCACAGGAGCUAAAAGGAACAACAGAUCAUGUGACCAUGAUUUCUCUGGGCCGUGGCCAGGCAACUAAAGCUGAAGACCUCAUUUUUAAGGCACUCAACAAAACACAUCAAUGGGUCUUCCUCCAGAACUGCCACUUUGCAGCAUCAUUUAUGCCAAGACUUUGCACUAUUGUAGAAUCAUUGAAUAAUCCAGCUCUGACAGUAGACCCUGAUUUCAGACUAUGGUUAAGCUCAAAAUCAGAUGGUUCUUUUCCGAUUCCCAUUCUUCAAAUGAGUUUAAAGAUUGCUGUAGAACCUCCCCAGGGGUUGAAAAGUAAUUUACUUCAAACAUUUGGAUUCACUGGAAGUGGAGAGGUAACAGAAGAGUUAUUUGAAAAACGUGACUGUGGAGAAUGGUGGAAAAAGCUUUUAUUCAGCCUAUGUUUUUUCAAUGCUGUGAUCAAUGAAAGAAAAAAUUAUGGAAUAUUGGGCUGGAAUAUUAUUUAUAAAUUUAAUGCUUCAGACUUGGAGGUUUCGAUAAAGGUGUUGGACAAUUCCCUGAGCCGGUUCCCUGGUAUUCCAUGGAAAGCACUGCGCUACCUGAUUGGGGAAGUGAUUUAUGGUGGCCGGGUGACUGACAGCUGGGACAAGCGAUGCCUGAAGACCCUUCUCUACAGAUUUUGUAAUCCUGAAGUGCUAAAGGAUGACUUCACUUUCUUGCCUAAAUCUGCAAGCAUGAAGGAGUACUUAGACAUUAUCUAUUCACUACCUGAUGAUGAUCCUCCAGAGGUCUUGGGAGUACACCCUGAGGCCAUAAGGAGCUGCAGGGAGAUUGAGAGCCAAAACUUUAUUGAAAAUCUCAUUACCAUGCAACCAAGAGCUACAACUGGGGCCAACCUCAAGAUCCGACCUGAGCAGAGUAAUGAUGAACUGGUGAUGGAAAUGUUGUCUGACAUGCAAAAGCGGUUGCCACUGACAGUUGAGAAAAGAGACAGUGCUGGUGGGGCUCCACGCACAUUGAAGGGCAUGAUGUCCAGCCCCAUUUGGGAAUUUCUUUCUAGAAGUCUCAAAAGUUAUGAUCCCCUAAUCCAUUCUGUCUUGUUAACCUUUCUGAACCAAGAAAUUGAACGAUUUGAUAAGUUAUUAUCUGUCAUACAUAAAUCUUUAAAAGAUCUUCACCUUGCUAUAAAGGGAGAGAUCGUCCUCAAUAAAGAAUUGGAAGAAAUAUUUAACUGUUUUCUGAAGAUGAAAGUACCUCCACUGUGGCAGAAAAACGCCUACAUGUCAUGUAAGCCACUGACUUCCUGGGUUAAUGAUCUCACUCAGCGACUGAAUUUCUUUAAUACAUGGGCCAGAGUGGCUUUCACAGCAAUACAUCAUCGGUAUAUGAGAUUAGUCACAUCCUGGAAGCAAUCUGCUUCAUCAAAGAACAAACAAACUUCUGAUUCGGACAAUAGUUACAGUAUUUACUCUGAAGGAUUUCCUGCAAGAUACUGGCUCCCAGCUUUCUUCUCCCCACAAGCCUUUCUUACUGCUGUGCUUCAAGACUAUGGAAGGGCCCGAAAGAUCUCCACGGACUCGCUCACGUUCACCCACCGUGUGAUUUCCGACACCGCCGAUAACACAGAGGAAUUCUCCAUCAUUAUCCAAAAAAAACUCAACAUAGUCACGAGAGCCUUUAAGGGCUCAGACUCCUUCCACAGUGGAGUUUACAUUUUUGGCUUAUUCAUCGAGGGAGCAAGGUGGAAUCAUGAACAAAGCAUACUAGACGACUCGCUGCCUCUUGAGAUGUGUUGUGAUUUUCCUGACAUAUACUUUGCGCCAACAAAGAUUUCAGCUGAAACACCAAAUGCUUCUAACCAGACAGAUCCAGAACUCUAUACUUUUGAAUGCCCAGUAUACCAGACACCUGAGAGGUCAAGAAUUUUGGCAACCACUGGUUUAUCAACAAACUAUUUAACAUCAGUGUAUUUACCAACAAAGAAACAUCCUAGUCACUGGAUCACAAUGCAGGUUGCAUUGCUAUGUGAGAAGAAUGAAUGA